AUGUCGUUGAAAGCCUGGCUGGGAAUUGAUAAACUUCAAAAAUUCGGGCAAAUUGUCAAAGAAUUGGGAGGUGUGAAAGGUGCUUUGAAGAAGAGAUAUUUAAUGGAUGUGACUAGAGUUGGAAAACUCGUCGGAACUGACAAUUUCGGUAAUCGAUACUACGAGAAUAAUGAGUAUUUCGUGCCGAGAAACCGUUGGGUUGAGUAUCCGGAUAAGGUUUGGCUCGAUUAUGAUGCCACCCAAGUGCCUCCAGAGUGGCAUGCUUGGCUGCAUCACAUCACUGAUGAGACUCCAGUCGUCAAACCGCCACCAACCCAAUCUUUUGUCCUAAAGCAUCAAGAAAACACCAGCAUUUAUGAAGACAAAAAAUAUAUCCCAUAUUCGACUACACGUACCAAAAUCCAGGGAUGGCAACCGGGAGAGAAGGCCCAACAAUAA